AGCCUAGCUGUGCUGCUGAGCAAUGACAUGCUUUGAUAUAGAAAUGCUAUUCCAACGGGGCGCAGCGUCUCAUCUACUAGGCUAGCUUGUCGGAGUGGAAAAUUAACGAGCCGCUAACCUGGAGUCUGGAUAUCAUUAGUGAGCAUCCAGCACUAGUUUGUGUGACGAUUCUUCGCGUUGAGGAGACAAGAAGAGGUUGCCAUCACAUAUCGGGUAAGACGUGGUAUGACUGAGCAGGGAAUGAAUCUGAGCUGCCACUGAUGGUGAAGCUUUCUCAGACAGGCUACAACACUAACGAGAGCUACAGGCUAACCACUGCUAUCCCUCUAUUCACCGAGUAACGUUACAAGUCAGGUCGGCUAACAGCUAACUGUGAACCCAGACAAAAACCAGUCUGUCGCCUUGCCAACAUGGCCAACAUACUGUUACCCAGCUGGCUAACGGUGUUUGGUUUUCACAGAUUUAUUUUACGGCACUUCUCCUCUGAAUUUUUCUAAGUGAAGCUAGCCAAGUUGGAAAGCGUGACAGCGUGUCACACGUAAGUUAUCUGAUAAAAUCUCAGCUAAAACUGCAACACUGCAAGUAAACGGGGUAACACUUCAGUUUGUGCAUUGCACCACGAUAACGCUUUAAUUCCUGGGGGUGAAAAAAGGCCUGAACCGUUUACAACCCAAAUUCAGUUUCUAAAUGCAAGGCUGUAUCUCCUGUAGCUUUAUCAUUUAUUGUACAUUAAAACAAACAUACUAGUAGUUGCUGCUGGGUGUUGCUCGAUGGAAGAAUUCCUGGACAUCCAUGCCUUGUGUAAAACAGGCUGCUGUCUUUGCCUUUUAAAUGCUGAAAAGGGAGUUAUUUUCACAACACCACGAAUGCAUACUCGCCAGGCAUGCUGCAUUAAAAUUAUGAAAUGUUUUAGGAAGGGUGGGAAUUUUACGAAAUGAUCCCAAUAUGUUGCAGAUGAUAACAUGACACCUCGAUACCACGAUUCAUCCACGAUCCAUAAAUCGCGAUUCAUGAAUGAAAUCGAAUUUACAGAAGAAAACAAGACACCACCUUAAAGGUCCUUUCACACCGGGACCGUUUUUGUCAUGCGAUUAUUUCGGACGUCAAUAUUUUUUUCGAACCCGUAUCCUGUCAAUAGAAGCGUUAACAUUAGCGAUGUUUUCCCGUCCUGCGAUACUGCAGCAUUUAUUUUUUCGAAUCACGAUCGAUUUUUCUAAAGUUUUGCAUAAUGUGUCUACUUCUGACCAAUCAGAUUUCGUGUUGUUGUGACUUCCGAUUCACCAGUAUAUCCAACAUGGCCGACUGGUUGAUUGUUUAUGAUUGUUUACACACACACAUUACAAAGAUAACGACCUGAAGGACAACUUGUGGAGAGUCAUAGCGUCGGAUUUAUGAUAUGACGAUGGUUCAUGUGCUUUAACAGUUUGCUAAACGUCUUUGUUUUAACUUUCAUCUGUGCUAAUGUAAGCUAACAAUUAUUACCAUAGUUUCAUGUGCUUGUCGUAUUGCCUCUGAUUGGCUUUAAGUGCUGACCGUUUGAUCUUCCCCGGGAAACCGCUUCAGGCUUGAUGUGUAUAGUCAGGCCCGUCAAAAUUCACCUCAGAAUAUUUCGGGAUUUCGCGUUCUAUAUUUGCAUCGGCCCCAGUGUGUAAGGACCUUAAAGACUCAUGACUUAAUUUGUCACUGGAUUAGAAAUCUGCUGUUGUCAUUUUUUAAAUAAAGAUAUCAAGAUUUGAAUGGCAUGAGUCAGGAGGACAAAGUUUUGCUGAGUCAAGUUUUCAUCUUUUAUCCUGUUUUGGUGACUGUAAAAGAUUUUCAAGCAUGCAAAAAGAGCUUUAAAAGAAAUAUAUAUUUUUACAAAGAGGAAGUUAACACCAGGAAUUGAUGUUUCUUUUUAAAUCAAAAUUGCUGCUGUCUCUGAAACAGAAACUUCCACCUGCUUUUGACUUUAGGAAAAUGUCUCAAGUUUCAUCUACCAAGAAACACUAAUAAUAGUUACAAAUGGUUUCACUUGCUCAAGACGUCUGCCAGUUUUUAAACAUUUUUCUUCUCUUUUGGUGUUAUUCCUCCUUCUGGUUAUCUCCUAACUUUGUUUUUACCUCACACAACCAAAGCUAGACUAAAUGUCAUGCUUCAGCAGCACAAUGGGCGAUAAGGCUUUGUAAUUGUUGGCAAGCUCUCCUGGCUGAUGUUUGUUACAAAACUUGCUCAACAGUGCUGUGGAACAAUCAGCACAUUAAUAUGGCUGGGGGAUUUUAUCUCACUGAUGUAAAUUUGGAGAUAUGCGGUCGGUUAGAUGUGGAUGAUUUAAAGAGGGCCAGCAUUUGUGCCUUGAGGGGGUCUUUUUGCAGCUGCUGAAUAGUACAGUUUCUGUAAUUAUUGUCACACUGACAGACCUCUUCACAGCCUCUCAUUAAGGUUUCAGGGAGGUGAGAGGGGGGAGAGACAUUUGGUGUGUUCUCAGAAGAAGUAAAGCCACAGUUUGCAGGGAGGAAUAUGGUGCAAGGAGACCUGCAUAUUGGCAGGGUUUGCUGGAAGAGAGACAUAUUCUGUCUGGAGAAGAGGCCAACCGUGCAUAUGGUAGUAAGAGAGCGUUCUGCUACCAGAGCUUUCUGUUUUAAGCUUUGCAUGAGAAUAGUGCAGUGAUGUGGCUCUUGACUCAGCUAACCCUUUACCCUCUUUUUGUAAUAACGUUACACUUUAGGCUUAUGGAAAUGCAGAGAUGAGCCCUCUUGUCUCUUCCUCACUGCCUGUCUCUGUGCCACCAGUGGCCUCAAGCAGCCAAAUCUGUUGCAACAGCCCCGAGGUAAAAACCAACUGUGCGUUUUCCUGCUAGCCAAAAAGCUAAUGUGGCUGAAAAUUUCCUUGGUCGAAUGACAAGCAAAGGAAUGCCAUUUAUUUAGUUGAUUUCUGUUGGCUUCUAUUGAAAUUCCGCAUCUGUUGUUAUUGCAUACAUUUGUCUCCAUUUCCUCAUCUUUUGAUGUGUGUCCACCUGAUUUCACUCAGAUAUGUUUCCCCUUAAACUUCCACCUACACUUGAAUGUUUGAAGAGUCAAUAACAAAGGUGCUCUCUACAAUAUAACCGAGGUCACCUGCUGAAAAAGGGAAAUCAGCCCUUUUGUUAAAGCACAAAAACCAAUAGAAAACAAAAAGGGGAAGAAUGACAACCACAUAUUUUGUUUUUCCUCCCAGCUAUCACGGCUAAGUUGAUCUGAAAAGCAAAGUAACACUGUGAAAUUGAGAAGUCAUCAAGCAAUGCCUUGACAGAAAUAUGAGGAAAUCUCCUUCCACUUUUUGUAGAAUCCACCACGUAAACCAUUUGCGGUUGAAACAUUCACUAUCCUUUCUCAUUUGGAGUAAGUGAUUAAACUUCCUCAUACCAUAUAAAAGACAAGUGAAGUUUCAGGGUUGUUUUUUCCAUCAGUUAGUUAUGUGUAGGGGGUUUCUAUCAUGGGGUUUGGCAGUGUGAAAAUGAGGAUGUGUGCACUUGUGGCUGACAACAGUAGUUGCUGUUUAUCAGAUUAACUGAGUUAUUAUAAGGUUUAAUAAUUUACUGGAAAUGAGUACAUAUUUAAGGUGGUUCUGGGUAAUAAAGCAUCUAACCAAGAACACCAUUCAUUGAAUAUUUGACCUCAGCAUCCAAUAAAUGAUUUUGUUUUUGUUGUCUGCACUUGUAGUGUAUUGAAAAGGUCUGCUCUGUAAAUAUGCUCAACGAUUAAAGCUGGGAUUUAUUUCUAAUGAAAAAGUGCAUGCUUUAAAAUAACUGGAUUGAAUUCUUUUCACAUGUGUAGGUUUUCUAAAUGUGUGUGUUUUGAGUUCUCCUUGAGUUCAUAAGGCGGAGUCACAUGACUACACACACAGUCGUAUGUUUUCAGAGGAACAGCUCAUAAACAAAUACAGCAGGGAAAGUAUAAACAGUAUUUUAAAAGAUUAAAAUAGAAAUAAAUGAUCAUUUUAAUUUGGUUUCAAUUUAUUUUGGAUUAAUGGGCUAACUCUAGUUUAAGAUAUUGCAGCGUUGGACCUGAAAUUGUACCUGUAGGGUUCGUUCUUUCUCUUACAGACUUCUGCCAUUGUUGUAGAUAAAGUUGUAUGAAGAAGUCCCGCCUCUCUUGAUUUUGAUUGGUUGGUGAUGGGGAUGUGAAACUGAGAAGUUUAAGUAUUUUAAACAGAGUAGUAAGAUUUUUGUGAGUUAAGAUGGACAGAUGAUUGGCCUUGGCCGAUAACUGAGGACGAUAUUCAUUAUUUGGUUGAUUGUAUUGGGUUUUAAUUUUACAGAAGUUAGAUUAAAAUUGAUCAGUUAGUGUGCUACUUUGUUUCUACUGCUUGGGCCCCUUUUACCUUUUGAAAUGCUUUCUUGUACCGGUUUGCCUCAACUUAUAUCCCACUUACAACACCACCUGAUGAGCAAGAUGUUUAAGGAUGAUGCACCAUUGCUGGUGAUCUGUUAACUCCCAUCUAUGACAUUGAAUGUUUUAAUUUUGAUUUAAAGUUUGAUAAAUGUGAUUCGGCAAAGUUGUGUUGGAUUUUGGCAUCAGUUUUUUAUGUUUAUUUGAGCGUUUUGGUUCUGAUUAUCAGUCAUUUGUCUCCUAAACAACUGAUCAAUAUCAAUACCUGCCCAAAAAAACAAUAUGGUUGACUCCGAUUUGUAAUUAAAAAGGCUGCUGCCCGUGAAAAAAACUAGGUUACUAGGUUAGUAGAUCUAGGCCUGUGUUCUGUGAUAUAUUGAAUCUGUACUUGCACUCUUGAUUUGCAUGAACUAGUUGAAAUAAGUGUAAGCUAAAGAUCUGUUUUACUCAAAUGCAGUGCUAGGAACAUGGAAGCACAACAGGUGAUUAUUUGUGCUCUUAUUAACUCUGAUGAUCCCAAAUGGAGAGUCUGGAAAAGGUUGCUUUUUCACUGAAAUUCUAUAUUAUUUUUAAUACACUGUUCAUAAAUAAACAUCUGUAGAACAACAUAUGUCACUUUUUUCAAGUAACAUUGCCUUUGCAACAUAGUCUUAUCGAGCAUACGCCCAUUCCAUGGUUUCCAUGCUUUUGAGAGCAUUCAGGAAAUUCGACCGACAGACAGCCAACCAAAAAUCUGAGAUUAUUCUGUUUAUCUGGCUUUAUGGCCGCCAGCCUCAAACUGAGCAAGGACCGAUCUGUCAGAAAUUCAGACUGAUCCUGAAGUUGAGGUAAACUGCUCUGGGGGAGAAAAAUCUGCUUAAUCUCUACAAAGUCUGUGGAAGUUAUUUUCCCCCGAUUGUCAGAACAGAACUGGCUGCUGGUGUCUUAUUAUGAUUUGGGUAAUUUUUCUUGGUACUGAAGGCUGGAUUAUGUUGCAAAACUUGAUUUGAAGGCAUGAUUUUUAAUUUAAGAUUAUCACGCCAUCCCUGAAGUUACUUAUCCGUAUCUGGGCUUCAGUCCAUGUACUUUUCGCAAGUUUGUAGUGUACAUUGUGACUUGGAAGUGUAUGAAUUGACACUGGAAGAGCUCCUGGUGUAUUCAAGCAGAGUCCCUCCUGUUUAUGCUUUUUUAAGCCUGCCAGAACAGAGAUUAGGCAUCACGUAUCUCUCUGAUUUGUACAGAUUUUCGUGCCAUCACCCUGCAACCUGGAAUGCCUCCUGCUCUCAAAAUGCUCAUACACAAGUCCCAACACGUGCCCCUCCUAGAGGUCCCAAGUGGCUUGUUUAGUCCUAUUGUGACAGCACCCUGAGGCUCAUAUUUGCCAGGAUGUACGACAACCUAGAGGAAACUGGUGUAUCCAUUUCACCUCCCUGACACAGGCUGUCUGGAAUUAUUAUCUUGCGGUUUACAAAUGAUCUGCUAUUUUGACUGCAACAAUAAUUUUUUCCAGAAGGCUGCAGUUACAACUUGCUUUACAGCUCCAUUACACUGCAUGGCCUAAUUUAGAUUGGAUUCAGAUAGUCUCUUUUACUGACUCCGUAAUGCUGCGAUGGCCUGACACCAUGCACAACCAAACCACAGACAGAUUUAAUGUACAUUAGUGUCCAACGUUCGGAGUCCUCCCGCUUUGUAAACUUGGAUUAGUCAUUAGGAAUUCCCCCCCCGCUCGCUCUCAGAGACUGAGGUAACCUGAAAGCUCAUUUUGCUGCUUUCUAGUUCCAGAUUUCUUGGAUGUGGCCACAGAAAGAGCUGUAAGCAAAAAGGGCCACCCAGAACAACAACUGACAACUCCAGCAGCAGGCAGGCAGGCAGGGUGUGGAUGCGGAUGUGUAGGCUCUUCUUAUUUAGGUGGGGUCUGAGGAAAUUGAUCCUUUCUUCCAUAGAGGUAUUAUGUUCUUGAGUGUAUUUGCUUACAGAGAGGAUGGGAGUGUUUUCAGGCUGGGAGGCUGCUGAAAAGGCCUCUUGUCGAUUAUGUUGAAGUCAUUUAGUGUAAAUAGUGGAAGGCAGUAAUAAGAUAAUGUGAGUCUGGCUUAUGCUUAGUUUAAUUCCUCAAAUGCAGGGGUCUUAUCUCUAAAUUUAGCCUGUUGUGCAGCAUUGUACAGGGUAUCUGCAGGGUUUUAAACAAUCUUAAAUCCAUUGAUUUUAAUGUAAGGUCUUAAAAUGUGUAAAAGUCUCUUAAAAUCUCAUAAAAUGUCUUGAAUACGAUUUUGAAAGGUCUUAAAAAUGUCUUAACUCUACUUAAACAAAUAACGUGGUUUAGGAAUAAACUUGAAGUAAUGUAAAAUGUUCAGAUUUCCCUUCAUGUCUUCUGUACUUUUUUGCCAAUAUGGAUGUUAAAAAGGGUCUUUAAAAGUCUUAAAUCCAAUCAUUUUAAUGUAAGGUCUUAAAAUGUCUAAAAUUCGCUUAAAAUCUCAUAAAAUGUCUUAAAUACGAUUUUGAAAGGUCUUAAAAAUGUAUUAACUCUACUUAAAUAAAUAACAUGCCAUAGGAAUAAAGACUGAAUUAAACUUGAAGUAAUUUAAAAUGUUCCAUUUUCCCUUCACGUCUUCUAUACUUUUGUCAAAUGGGUCUUAAAUUGUAUUUUUAUGAGCGGUCUUUUAAAAGUCUUAAAAAGUCUUUAGUUUGACUUGUUGAAACCUGCAGAGAUCCUGUUGUAGACUUGGCGCAGGCAUGUGGUGUUGCAUAUCUGAGGAUACUUGAUUUGUUUUUAUAACUUUUUAAAAAAUUUUGCUCAAGCAGCCGGAACUUCACACAAAAUCUAACAUCAGUACCACACUAGACAGGAUGACACUAUAUUGCACUCUUGAUAUUUUCUCACACCCUCAGCCUUAUUUCAGCCUCCAGAUAAUGGUGUGAUCUGCUUUUUUGCAGACUCUCUUCUUCUGUUUGGUCGUGCAAAAUCAAGCCUCUUGUAUUGUGACACAACCAGUUUCACAAUAUGCCAUUAACGAUAGUUGAAGUAAAGAGGGAAGUGAAAUUUGGGAAGUGAAAACUUUUUGAGCAGUUAUUAUAUGUUGAGAAGUUAUGAUCUGUUUCGAUAAUUGAGGCUUAAUAAAUUGGUGUCAAAUCUAACUACUUCACGUUAAAGUGAACACCGCUGGUUUGAUUAGAUUAGAUUAGAUUAGAUUAGAUCAGCCUCUAGGCAAGCUUGAUUUUUCAUGGGAAUCUUCAUAUUGUUGCUCUACAACAUCCUUCAAGCUACGGCAGUUGUUUACUCCUCUCAAAGAUUUGUUUGGGGCACAGAGUGAGCCUUUUGAAGUGAAGUUGUCCUUAAAGAGAGCUUCAGACUUUUGGUGUUGGUCGUUGCUAUGAGAGUAAAUCUCUGUCAGUUCUCAAAGGACAUGAGCCCCGGUCUAUUUUAGGCCAUUCCCAACUGCUAAGGGUGAUCCCGAGGGGUGAAUAACCAACUGCUUUCACACACUCAUGAGCUUUUACGCUUAGCCCCCAAACACCAGAGGCCCCGCUGCCCUUUAAUAAAGUUUGAAUAUGGGGAGCAUCAUAUUUGGGUGAAGCUGAAAUUGCUCCUGAACUCCCAUUUCCUAAUUGAGGCCCAUUACUUGCAUCAAUGCAAAGCAAAGAUAAGUUAUCUGCACUCCAUCAAGAGGUCGAGCCUGCUCACUGUCAGAUUGCAUCACUUUCCCAUCAUCCGGUCACCCUUGUGUCCACACUUCCUGUCUCACAGCUGGCCUGCCAAGUCUCCCAUGACCCUUUGCUGCUAUGCUGCUGUUUUGUUUUGAGAGAAUCUAGGACAGCUGGGAUGAGAGUUGCAGUCUCACGGGUUUUAGCUGUUGCGGUUGGAUGUGGAAAAAAAAAAGAGUGCUUACAAGCAUGUUUUCCGUCAGUCCUGCAACGAUCCGUUUCCUGUGAAGGCAGACCGUCCCUCUUUAGCCAGAUUGUGAGUUUUGGUGUUAAGUUGGAGGAAGUGCAGCAGUGCCAAAGGGGCUGAGUGAGCAGUGAGCAUACAGAGCACAUUCCAGAAGGCAGCAGAGGCUGUGAUUUUAGCAGGCUGUCACAGGGAUUAGGUUACUCUGUCUGCCUCUGUGAGCUCAUGCUGUUGCUGUCUCAGUGCCUCAGCAAUCCUGCCCAGCAGCGGGACACUAUUUGCUCCCCCUGCAAGGCAAGGAUCCAUAAUUGUCCUUUUUUUACGCUUGUAUACAGUAUCAAGUCAUGCCUUUGAUUUUACCAUGAACUCUGUCAGUCCAGUAAAUAAAGUCAGCAUUUCCAUGAACUCCAUGCUAAGAACGAAUGCUAUUCCAGUCAUUUCCUCCUAAUGCAUAUCUUUGCUAUUGUUUCCUGAUAUCAUACAUUCCCAAAUAAGCCACUGGGUGUGCUCUUCGACUACAUCUUCCCUUGUGUAUUUUUUCAAGAGAGACACGCUGGGAUUGUGGCAGCAGCUGUAAACUGCAGGAAGUGGUGAACUGGUGUCACUGUUGUUUCAUAGUAACUCGCAAAGUUGCUCUCUGCAUCUCUAUUCAACCACCAACAACGUGCAGAUGUUGUGGUUUGUGGUUUUAUAGUGCUCUUCAAAUUUUAUUAGCCGGAAAAAAAGGUAUUUUCUAGAAGCUUUAAAUCGCUAACCGAACUAUUAAAGAGAGAGGAGAUUGUUAAGACACGUGCUGCUGACCUUUUGGUAGAGGGAAUCUAAAUCUCAGUGGGUUGUUACCUGAUUAAAUAGAGGUUUAAAAAAAAAAAGAGAAGAUAGCAGUGCUGGAUUUGGCCUGGUGGUCUUCUGGGAAACAGUUGUGAGCACUGUUGGCACUCUUGAGAACAUGAGUGGCGUAUUGAUAGGAACACAGGUUGGCCUGUCACUGGCUUACAUGCACUAGACAAGUGGAUCUGCUUUAUCAGCUUGGUAUGUAGCAGCCAACACUGCUCUGUGCUCAUGUUCUUCCUCACGGUGUUGGAACUUUAACUAGAGCUGAAUCUAGUGAAUUUACGGGUGCUUAGUUUUGUCGUUGAGCUGUAUUGCAGAUUAAAUUAAAUAGCAGAAUGUCCCUUUAAUUGAAAAAGCUGUUGUUUAGUUUUGUUUUGAUGCUUACCGUAAAAUUCUGUGAAAAAUGUGGGGCUUUCCGAGCUUUGCUACACAACCACAUGACUACAAGACUGUUUGAUACCAAUACUCACUGCACACAAUCUGAUGUGAAUAGACAUUCAGUCCUAUCUAUGGUGAAUAGCAAUACAGACCAGGAUAGGUGUGCCAAACGAAAGGCUUUUCAUCCCCAUUAGGUCAUGAUAAGACAUUUGUACAACACAGGGUUAACUUUUGAGAAACUUUCUGGUGAGAAAGUUUGAUUGCAAAGUUGGUUGGCCCCGCUUCCAGGCAAAUUGGCUGUGGCUCGUGGGUUUGUUAUCUAUAGAUAUCAGAGUCAAAGUAGAUGGUUUUAACCCUUUACCUCUUAGAGACGCCCACAUUAUCAGCAUUUGAUGUGGGGGAAGCUUUGUGCAAAUGAUGCCUCAGAGUAACCUACAUAGAUACAGCAGCAAUGAAAAAAAUUGGAUCAAACAUACUGCUAAUAAAUUCCCAGAUGUGUUCCCAGGACAUAGACCUCAAUAGGUCCACAUAACUCAUCAUUAGAUGUGUGAUUAGACUAGAAUGAUUGACACGACAUUGAGAUAAUAUUAUUACAAGGGGUGGGAGAAAAAAAUCAUUACAGCAUGAUAUUGUGUCUGGUGAUAUAUCAUAUCGUCUGAUAAUGGAAAAAUAAAAUCAACAGUUUGUCCACUGAGGUUGGCAGAGGUGACAUCAUAGAGCAGGUUAAAGUUAGUACAACAAACAUAUAUAGGGUUUGAAAGAGGUACUACAUGAAAAUGAAAUACAGUGUAAAGAAGACAAACAUAAAGGAAAGCCAAAUGCUAAAUUAGCUAAACAGUUGAAAAAAUUGUAUAGCAAUAUAUUGUAUCGCAAUACUCACUGUAUUGCAAAGUGUUAAAAAUUGCAAUAAAAUUGUAUCGUGAUAAUAUUGUGUCGUGGCCCAAGUAUCAUGAUAAUAUUGUGUCCUGGCCCAAGUAUCAUGAUAAUAUUGUGUCCUGGCCCAAGUAUUGUGAUAAUAUUGUGUCCUGGCCUAAGUAUCGUGAUAAUAUUGUAUUGUGGCCCAAGUAUUGUGAUGAUAUUGUGUUGUGGCCCAAGUAUUGUGAUAAUAUUGUAUCGUGGCCCAAGUAUCGUGAUAAUAUUGUGUCGUGGCCCAAGUAUCGUGAUAAUAUUGUAUCGUGGCCCAAGUACCGUGAUAAUAUUGUAUCGUGGCCCAAGUAUCGUGAUAAUAUUGUAUCGUGGGGCUACUGGUGAUUCCCACCCCUAAUUAUUACUGUGAAUGAAUUGGGGCUGAUAUUGAGGAAAAAUAAUAUAGGAAGCAAUACUUAACCAACCUUUAAUAUACAAGAAAGACAGGAAAUGACACUUCAUAAUUUUACUGUGAUUUAUUGUUAUUCUACUUAAACAAAUAACGUGCUUUAGGAAUAAAGAUUGACUUGAAGUCAUGUAAAAUGUUCCGUUAUCCCUUCAUGUCUUCUGUACUUUUUUGCCAAUAUGGAUGUUGAAAAGGGUCUUUAAAAGUCUUAAAUCCAAUCAUUUUAAUGUAAGGUCUUAAAAUGUCUAAAAUUCUCUUAAAAUCUCAUAAAAUGUCUUAAAUACGAUUUUGAAAGGUCUUGAAAAUGUAUUAACUCUACUGAAAUAAAUAACAUGCCAUAGGAAUAAAGACUGAAUGAAACUUGAAGUAAUUUAAAAUGUUCCGUUUUCCCUUCACGUCUUCUGUACUUUUGUCAAAUGGGUCUUAAAUUGUAUUUUUUAUGAGCGGUCUUUUAAAAGUCUUAAAAAGUCUCUAGUUUGACUUGUUGAAACCUGCAGAGAUCCUGUUGUAGACUAGGCGCAGGCAUGUGGUGUUGCAUAUCUGAGGAUACUUGAUUUGUUGCACACAAUCUGAUGUGAAUAGACAUUCAGUCCUAUUUAUGGUGAAUAGCAACGCAGACCAGGAUAGGUGUGCCAAACGAAAGGCUUUUCAUCCCCAUUCGGUCAUGAUAAGACAUUUGUACAACACAGGGUUAACUUUUGAGAAACUUUCUGGAGAGAAAGUUUGAUCGCAAAGUUGGUUGGCCCCGCCUCCAGGCAAAUUGGCUGUGGCUGGUGGGUUUGUUAUCUAUAGAUAUCAGAGUCAAAGUAGAUGGUUUUAACCCUUUACCUCUUAGAGAUGCCCGCAUUAUCAGCAGUUGAUGUGGGGGAAGCUUUGUGCAGCAGUCUUUCAAAUGAUACCUCAGAGUAACUUACAUAGAUACAGCAGCAAUGAAAACAAUCGGAUCAAUCGGAACAAUCGGAUCAAACAUACUGAAAAAUAUUAUAGGAAGCAAUACUUAACCAACCUUUAAUAUACAAGAAAGACAGGAAAUGACACUUCAUAAUUUUACUGUGAUUUAUUGUAUUUUUGCUAAUUUAAAAAAAUUCCCUCCACAGAGUGUCAAUUUUUAAAGUUUUCAAACCUAUAUUCUGCUUUCAGAUCCACUCUUACAUUAGCUCUCAGCCUGCAUGAGGAAGUACUGAGUCAAGAGGAGGAGAGAGAAUAGAUGGAGCAACAAGUUUCUCAAUAAACAUAACACACUGUCUUCUUCAUUUGGAUGUGUUUUUGUCCCUCUUGUAGAUUCUGAAAGGAUGUGCAUGUUUACGUUUGACGGUCAUGUGACAUGGGUCCAGACUCUGCGUGCAGAGUCAGUCCUCGGUGUAUUUGAGUUAGGGGCUGCAUGAGAGUGAUAUCAGAUAAAUGUUUACUUUAGAUUAUUUAUAGAAAACAAACUGCAGGUCAUUUGACGGAUAUUGCACAUCCUGCAUUGUGACCAUUGCACAUGUGCGCAUCUCAGUUGCUAUGGUAAAAAAAAAAAGUCGUAUUCAGCCCUACUGUGAAUAAGAUACCUACUGCUGCUGCUUGUCCCUAAUAGUGGGGACUACCAGCCAACAACUGGACUACCUCUCUGCCCUUCUGUUGACAAACAUAGCUUGUGCAAACAGAUCCUGUUUUUGCCUUUUCUCGGGUAGUUGAGAUAUUCUUAGAGCCGGACUUGCUUCAUCUAUAGGACCAGUUACUCAUUACACAAGUCAUAUGAUGGUGAGCAGUGAAUCACGACAUCAUUACGUUUGUGACCCACUUCUCUUCAUUUCCAAAAUGGUUAAUUUUGUACAUAUAUUUUUAUUUAUCAGUCUUACAAACUUAGCAAUUACAACACAGAGUGAUUUUAGAACAAGAAAACACACGUGCUGCAUCUUUAGUGUAAAUAAAAAAGGUCUAAAACUGGUGUUAGCUGAAAUGGUGAAGACAUGAAACUCUGCUGCUGCAGGUUUUUAGGAACUUCAGAUUUUCAAGAAGUUUCGACUCGCUCGCUCUCUCUCUAUCUCUCUCUCUCCCUCUGAUCAUCUACAGGUUACAGACAAACUUGCACAGAAAAGAGGUGCAAAGCAUGUGCAUGGUAGUUUAUUGAUCAUAGCUGGAAUCAUUAACAGAAAUGCAUAAACAAAAGUGAUCAAACUUGGAUCAGACAUACUGACCUGUUCAUUCAGAGCACACUGUGGGUGGGGUCAGUACAGGGUUAUGUAUUUGUAAUUCUGCCAGCAGGGCUCCACUGUGGAUACGCCAUCAUUUGAGCAGUUUGACCCAUCUGACCUCGUGUUUAGUGCUUUGGCACGGCUCAUAGCCUUGGCUCAGUCUGGAGCUGCGGCGCGAUUAGCUCCGAGCAUCUGUCGCCCAACUUCUAUUUUUUUUUUUGUGAUCCUCCCUCACAUCUGCACCGUCGUAAGUCACGGUCGGUGUUAAUGUGCACUUAGAGCUCAGCCUGCCUGGGGGGGCGGUGGCGCUUUAAAGGAGUCAGACUCCGGGUGCAGCGUGCGGUUCUAAAAAUGGGACACAGCCGAAAGAGUCCUACAUUGAGGAUUCUAUUAUCCAGUGAUAGAGAGAGAGAGAGUGAGAAAAUAAAAUGAAGGAAAAAAAGAUAACAAGGGAGGGAUGUUGUAAAAGGAGAAGCAGCACAUAUAUACAGACUCGUCAGCCUCUUUGGCAGACUGUUAUCCAGCCCAGCCCAGGGAGUGGAGAGAUUGUUGCCUUUGUCUUGGUGAAAGAGGCAGCACUCGAGGAGAGUAAAUCAGCUCUUUGUUUUUCUCUGCCGCUCCCUAACAUGUCUUCCAGUGUUCAUUAAUUAGAUUAGACAUGGAAAAGAAGCAGGCAAUAACAUGCCAUGAGAUAAAAACCACAGUAUACACCCAAGUGUUUCUGGUAAACAAAGUCAACAACACCCCAUGAGAGGAAAAUACCCCAGACCACAGGUGUCUGGAGUAUGUUCAGUCGGUGUCUGGGGCUUUUGGAUUUUUCUUCCUCAUUCGAGCUCUUGUUCUCCAUUUAUCCAAUAAGACGAGAGACACUUUCAUCCAUCGUUUUCACCAGUAUCUUCAAUCUUCCUCACAGGUCUUAGCGUUGACUUAUUUGCUGUUUGUUUUACUCCUCUUGGCUAAUCACGCCGCAAGAAGGUUUAGCUCCGUGUGUUUGCCUAAGAUCAGGUUCGGGGCCCUAUCUCAUUCUCAAGGCCAGCUGCAGCUGAAACUAAAACUCGACUGCUUCAAAUAAAAACCAAGAGCUCUCGAUCAAUGAGGUCACUGUCUGGUCCCUGAAGACAGUCAGGGAGAGGAGAGGGGGGGGUAAAAGGUGAAACUCCAUCUACUCCCAUGACAUCAGAGCGGCUAAGUACUGCCUCACUCCUCCUGUGCUGCUGCAGUAUUAACUUAAGCAUAGGCUAACUGUGCUGAAUUUUACACCAGUCAUAAGACCAGUUCUUCUGAAUGUGCUCAUUGUUUGCUUGUGGAUCACUGAACUCUCUAAUCAUACUUUUAAAACAACCAGGGGGGGGAGAGAACUUGAAAGUUCCUGUGAUAACCAACUCUGCAGACAAUGGGGCCACGCUUAUAAUGCAGAUCACAUCAUCGCUGCAUUUGCAUAGGCAGCACACUCAGGAAUAUUUAUAGGCCUGUGUGCUAAAUUUAAAGCAAUACUCCACAUCAUUAGUGCAGAAGAGUGUGAGAGAGCUCCACUCCCUGAUGUAAGCUGCAGUACCCCUCUCUUCUUUACUCCCCCCUGACUGUACAGUAAUCUUUGCCAUCUUCCUGGCCCCCAGGUUUGGUUUUGAUUCCUAAUACAAUAGACAAUCGCUGGACUGCUCCUGAGAGGAAAUCUUCCCCUCUUUAUGUUUCUGAAGAAUGUGAAUACUUAGGUUGGCUUCAGCUGUGAGUGUUGGAAACCAAAUAGAAUAGUCAUUUAUGUCUGUUAUUUUAAGAAUACAAUUGGUUGCAGGGGAAAUUAUGUCUAACUAGAGCAAACCUUGGAAACCGUAGCUGGCAUUUCUUCAGGAUCCUUGCCCAGCUGAAGUGGAUAACAGUCUACUACUUGAAUACACCGUCAGUGCUGUGCUGUCGUCUGCGGCUUUAAUGCCAUUUAAAAAAUGAAAUACAGGCACAAGUUUCUGAGAAGUCUUCAGAAAUCUGUGGAAGAGUUGAUUUAAAUUCUCUUGUGUUGUCUCUUUUCUCCUCCUAGGUCUACUGAGACGCACCAGAGCCCUUGAAGUUCUCAGCUUUGAUGCAGUACAGGUAGAGCUAUUUAUUCCCAAACUCGGAUCUAAAUUUACCGUCUGUGUGUCUCUCAGCUCCUCAUCAUUGUGUCUGCGGCAGGCAGCAAGAGUUUAAGGAUCAAAUGCAGAUACAGACAAGGUAGAUGAGGAGGAGUUCAGUGUUAUCUUCAUGAAUAAAUAGGCAAGAUAUUUAACAUGGGAGACAGCUUGUGUGGAAAUCCAGUUCUCUGUAAUUUGAUGACUUAUUAGGCUGAAAUAAAUGCAGAUGAACUAAUUUCUAUUGCAGAAGUACAAGAAAAAAAAAGGCCAGCAUUGCUCACUACUUCUGCUUGUCAAUUCAGGAGGGGAAACCCUGUUUCUCCUGACUUCAGCAGAAAUCUAUGUCGUAUUGUCCUUGUCAUUCUCGCUAACUAUUUCACUGCAAGACAUAAGCUCACACUGACCCAGAUGACUGAGAGGAGAUACAAGUUUGUCUGUGGAGUACUUUAUUCCGUCCAUUCUGAUGUUCCUUUUUCCUGCCGUUUCCUCUUUCCAUCAGUGAACCUGGUUCAAGAUGACGGAAGAGGUGAUUGUCAUCGCCAAGUUCGACUACAUGGCCCAGCAGGACCAGGAGCUAGACAUCAAGAAGAACGAGCGCCUCUGGCUCCUGGACGACUCCAAGUCCUGGUGGAGGGUCCGGAACGCCACCAAUAAAACGGGCUUUGUGCCGUCGAACUAUGUGGAGAGGAAAAACAGCGCCAGGAAAGCCUCUAUCGUCAAGAACCUCAAAGACACACUAGGUAACAAAUUCAGUUUCUGUUCUGUUUGCAAGUGAUUCGGUGUUGAGUUCUCAAAGUUCAGCUUUCUUCUCAAAAAGAGGGAGCAAACAAGAUUCCAGUGAACCUAAAGAGACUUUGAGAGUGUCGACAUUCGUGAAGUCUGACUCACUUUUCGUUUCAUACAUAAUUGGUCUUAAGAAACUUAAUCGAGUAGCACAGGGGAACAUUUUGGCUUCGACUGCAUCAUUUCCAAUGUAGCGUGUGAUUGACCAAAAUACCGAGAGCUUCUUGCUUCACACUUGAACUGAAACUUCAGUAUCUGAUUGCAGAACCUGUAGUGUAAUGUCAAAGUGCUUUCAUUUUACCAUGAAGCUCACACACAGGUAAGGGGGUUUCAUAUUUCUCUUAUUUCAGUGUGUUUUUUUCAGACUUUAAACUUUCCUGUGCCACCAAACAAGAAAGUCAAAAUAUAUCUCAACUUUCUGUUUGUGUGAGAGCAGUUGCAACAGUGCGUGUCCUUCUGCUCUCUUCUAUCCAUCAGGAUCAGAACGGCGCAGGUGUCGUCUGCUCUGUCAACACAGUCGUUAUAUUUCUGGGCACUGCUGUUUGCGGAGGGCUUCGUUCUGCCGGGCGCAAGCCAAACGUAACCGCGUUUGUAAGCCAAGGUUACCAUUCGUCUCUGCUUCAUUCUUCUCGAUGACAGACACUGAUGAUAAUUCGGGGAUCUGCUCUCUGACCACUGGCAUCCAGUCUGGAGCACAGUCAGAGUUAUUCUAUUAAAUCUCCCUCUAUGAUCGUCUGUCUUCUGUUUUUUUUUUUUUUUUCCUCUGUUUCUGAUGCUUUUAACACUCUAAUCUCUUGAGUUGUUCUGCUCUGCAGGGCGUCAUUGUCCCAACUAAGAGCAUUAUGGGAUAACCACAUGUGUUGGUGUGCUUCGGCCAUGUUUGUUUGGCACAGAUCUCAUUAGAUUAGGUUAAAGGUUCGUGUUCUACUACAGCAUUUAUUACAGAGACUUAGAGGCACGCAGCAAACAGGCCUGUGUGUUCAUGGCAUUUUUUUCGUGUUGUUUUUAGAGAUGCACCGAUCCAUUUUUUUCUGAUCCAGUCCAAUAUCGAUACCUGGGUUGACCGUAUUGACCGUAUUGAUAUCUGAUACCGGUCCAGUACUACUGUUGAAUGAAUGAAUGAAUGAACUGUCUACCUUGCUCUGUGAGUGAAGGCAUCAGGCUUGACAUUAGCCUUGUUAAAAAAAGGUAACAAAUUAAUACAGAUUUAAAUUUACUUAAUAUUAUUUAUCAACAAAUAACAAAUUGCACAUAAGCGCACAGCAAAAAGAAGUAAGACUUCCAUGUAAACAUUAAGUGCAAAAAGAGAGACAGACAUAGAAUGUAGAGCGAACAGAACCGCUGUGUUGUUGUGUUUGAUAUUAAUUCAAAGAAGAAGAAAAAAAGACUGGAUCGGCAUCUUUCAUCAGAUAUCAGAUCCAGUUAAUUUGUCAAUAUCUUAUCCAAAUAUCGUAUCGGUGCAUCCCUAGUUGUUUUGUUGUGAUGAUAAACUAUGAAUGCUUCCAGUACAGUCUUUUUUUCUCAUCCUCCCUCUUCUUCUUUGACAAAAAACAAAACUAACCACACUUAUGAGACCACCAACGCUUGUUGCUCUAUCUCCUCAGCAUCUUUGUUGUGGUGAUGAUGAUGAUGAUGACACACUGCAGAGAAGGGUGACUUGUGCGAGGAAACCCUGCGCCCCCAGAGCUGCGUCUUCUCUGCACCGAGUAAAGAAGAGGGGGGUUCUUUCUGUUCUUUCUGAAGCCAGAAGUGUGUCAUCAAAGUCUGGUUUUAUCGCACACUGCAGCCUCUGCACGAGACUUAUCUUUCCGACAUGUGAGCUACAGCUUCCUGUGUUUUCAUUUCGGUGUCGAUGUUGUGUCACGAAGGCAGGGCUGUGCGCGGAAAUGCUCUGGUGGAAUACGAUCUGUACACUCCGAUCCAUAACACAGACUUUUUCUUGAGUUUCUGAGCUGCUCUCUGCUCACCGUCUGUUUUGCCCUCAAGUUGCGCAGGUUUAUUUGUUAUGUAUAGUGUGUGUGCAUGCGUGUACGCGUGUGAGGCUCGGUGGGGGCUCGUGUUAUCAUGCACCACAUCCUUAAAACCUCCCAACGACACUUCCCACCUGUCACUACCUCUGUUGAUCAAAUAACCUCAGGUGAACAGGUGCAGGAAUGACACACACAUACGCGCACACACACACUCAGGUCUCAUAACCCUAAUAAAACACACACACACUCUGAUGUAAAACCUGAGUGAAGGCGAAACACGAGCCUCAUAAACACUAAUACAAUCAGAAUGAGCUUGUAAAUACGUCACCUUCAUUUGUAGCUCUAUUAUAUAUAUAAGCAGAUUUAAACUGUCAGACUGUGGGCGGUGAUGUUGUGGGAGGCAGAUAAGCAUACUUAUGUUAUGGAGGAGGAAAUCCUUUUUCUCUCUCUCUCUCUUUUUUUAAACACGCCUGUUGCUGGGUGUGGAUCGGUGUCAUCAUUUUGAGGAAUGUGUGAGGGGAUGAUUCCUCAGCCAGAGGAUUCAUGUUUCCUGGGUUUGUUGUAAAGUUAUGAGUGCGUCUCUACAAACAACUGCCGUCAUGUGACGCUCAAGCUCUUUCUGACUCACUCAGCCGAUGCAGCGUCUUCACUAAAGGAAUUUAUUUAGUCCCCCUUCUCUUCAAGAAACACAAAUCAGCGGCUAAAUGCGGAUGAAAAAGCUCCUUUACUUUCCCUCUAUCUCUUUUCUUUCAUCUUUUCUCUCUCUGAGUCUGAACUUCAACCCCCCUUCCCUUCCUCCCCUCCCCUCCCCUCCUCCUCUUCCCUCCUUCUUCCCCUUUCCAUGAGGCCUCUGCACUCUGCCUUCCAGAGCUGCACCAGAGGCCCUCUCUAUCCCGCGCUCCCAUUGGCCAAACCCUGAUCACAUGCUUCCUGGAGUGGGCUGCCCUGCUCCGCUAUCCACCCAGGCUCUUCUGGGUGUUCACAUGGAAUAACUCCACAGCUGCAGUGGGAAGAGAGCGAGGGGCCGGGAGAGAAAGAGAGACGGCGAGCCCAAAAUGGACAUGGCUAACCUAUUCAAACAUUUCUUUCGUGAGUUCUCAAACUUUUUCUGCCCGUUUGUAGAAGUUGCUUUGACUUUGUCGCCGUUUCAAGAAGUGUAGAGCACUUGUGUCUCUUUUACUUUCUCUCUGACUGUGCAGUAGCGGUUGUCAGCCGUUUUUUUCCUCCUUCAUCUUCCCUCUCUGAUUUUUCGCUUUGGUUCCCAGUCGGUGUCGGCGUCAGGUUAGCUGAAAGAAUGUGUUAUUAUUAGAGCAAGAGGAAACCGAUUUAUAUGUACUAACAUGUUGAGAGAGAAAGAGAGAGAAGUCGAAAGGGUGUCUUCACAGUCUUUUGAGGCUGUGUGUUAGUGUGUGUGUGUUAGUGUGUGUGUUAGUGUGUGUGUGUGAGCGGCUGCAAAGACUGGGUGGAUAUGCUUUUGAAAAGGCUUCUGCUGAGCUGAAGCCUGUAAUUGCCACAGCAAUCCCUCUCUGUCUCAUUCUUUCAAACACACUCACACACACACACUCAGAUGUACACACACGCAGUAAUCCUACUUCAUUUUCUGUCCGAGUAAGUGGGCUGCGACUCGAUGGAUUAUCAUGCUCGAAGACCCCUCUCCACUCUUUUUAGGAGUAUCCCAAGAUGUAGCCAGAGUCUGUUUUCUUUUAUGCUACCCUCAGGGCGAGCUUUCUGGGAGGCUCCUCCACCCCCCCACCCCCUCUCCAACCCCGCCGCCACUCACGGGCUACAGUGGAGGGAAGCGGGGUGCUCAUGUAGAACACUGUAGUCAUUGUGCGGGGGGGAGAGGAAGGGGGUCUCUGCUGAUUGAUGGGACCCGGGUGCCCAUCUCCUGCACCUCUCCGGGCUAUCAGAGGAAUGUCAUUACCUCGGCAGCUCUGAGGGCCGCGGAUACUUUACAGCCACACUGACACACUUUUUCGAAAAGCCCCGGCGCACACUCAUGCUGUAAUCUCACCUUGUAACUGUUGAGUGGUAUCUCCUGUCUCUUCACACGAGUGGAGUGUGUAUCUGUGUGUGUGUGUGUUUGUGUCUGCUGACUAAAGGGCCUGAGAGGAACAUGGUGAUAAGCUAACAAACCUUGUGUAAACUGAGAGCUGUUAGCCUCCUCUCCCUCUCUUUUCUCUCUUUUCUCUCCCCACCCUCUGUUUUCCUGUUUCUCAGCCUCCCCAGCGAGCGGAAACUCUAAUUUGAGCCACAUUUCUCCCUCAGCCCUUUCGGAGGAGCGCUGGCCAGAGAGGAAGCCAGAAUUUAGAAGGAAGCUGAAUCAUUGUGCCGGGGUCUCUUGCCUGUUGGACUCUCUGGCAGGUUCUGACUCCCGCUCCUUUUCUUCAAACCAGCCCUUAACGUUCCUCCUCAUCCAGAAGAGACAUUAUAGUAAUUAUGACAUUGGCAGGAGAGCCUUCAGCGUCACUCAGAGCCUCUUGUAAUGCCGUCUGCUUUGUUUCACUCAGUCUCUCUGUUUUCCUGCGUCCUCUGCCAUUAAGCGUUGCUUCAGAGGAAGUGAGCAGUGGUCUGGGCUUGUUGAGGAGAGCCAGCGUUGUAAACAUGUUAGCAGAGAAGAGUGGAAACAUCAACAGGACAUCUCCCUGUGUCUGCUGAACCUAAUGCUCAGCUGCAUCUUCUGUCUUUUUUCAUCAUCUGUGAAUGUUAAAGGAUAAUUAUUCCUCAGCUGUUGGAUAAACAUGUUUAGUUUGUAGUAGAGCUGAGCUGUGCAGUUGAUUCUUUGUGAUUUUUGUCCUUCAAAUACGUCUAAAGAUGUGAGAUUGACUCAGGAUCUGGAUCAUGACAGAUAAGACUUAUCUGCGUCUGUGUUUACAGCAGUUUGUCUCACCUGGUGUUCAGCCCAUACAACUGUCUGAUUGACUCAAAGUCACUCGACUGUGUGGCACAGCUGUGAGUGUAACUGCUUGGAGCCCCUGAGGGGAGUUUUUUUUUUAACUUCAACAGAAAUCAACUGAAAUUCAUACGAAUGCUUUUUCAAACGAAAAGAAACAAGACCAACCAUGUAUUGGUUUUAUGUGUGUGUGUGUGUGUCAAAAUACGAAUAAUUGUUUUGAUAUCAACCCCAAAAUCGCGGGGACGACAGAGAUCAUCCUGAACAAAGUGACACAAGAUUAGGGCAGAGGAAAAUACGACUGAUGCUGGAUCAGGAUAAUGCAGAGGACUGACUGUGUGUUCAUGAAAUACCAAAAUGAAAGGACAUUGAUGGCCAGAGACUUCCUCCAGCUCAAAGCCCUAACAAUUGCCAAAGUGGCUUCAUGUGGUAAUGUUCAAAAAUGAGAAGAAAAGCCCAAAAAUUGAUUUUUUUUUUAAUUGAAGUUAUUGUAAAUACAUUUUUAAAUGAUUUAAAUGUAACUGUUAAAAAGAUAACGAAAACAAACUUUAUUUAAGAAGUGUUCAGAGCAACAUACCUCCACACCUCCUGUACUCUGAAAAUGAUUUUUUGUACAUUUUUAGAACAAAGCUGUUUAACGAUCGAGUAUUAAAGAAAAGGUUUAUUAUCAGAUAGGGGGUGUCCCAAUACAAUAUUGAUAUCCGAUAUCGGUCCAAUAUUGGCAAAACUUCGAACAUCGGAAUAUAUCGGCCUGCAUCCAAAAUCUCUGAUAUCAGCACUCUGAUACAAGUACUAGUGUGUACAAGUGUGUACUAAGGUACUAACAAAGUACCAAGGAGUAAGAGUGAUGUUGGCCAUGUGGCAUUUUUUUUCAUUAAAGUAUUGGAGGUAAAAAUGUUGUCUCGGGACACCCCUAUUAUCAGAUCAUAUAAGUAGUUUCAGCCCUUGUCUCCACAAUUUCAGCAAAAAAGUAAACGAAGUCCGUCACAAGUUUCCAGAGAUUAUGCUGAUGUCUGAAAGGCUUUAGUUUCUCCACGCUACAGUCAAGAACCAAAAAGAGAUUCAUUUUUCAAUUUUAAGAAAACUAGAAAAUAUUACCUCUAAAGAUCGACAGGAAACAGUGACUUAUCUGCAAGAAAAUGCUGAAAUAGUCGUUUAUCAAAAAGAAAAGACUCUGAAUUUGUUCACCAGCAACACAUAUAUGUUAAGUCUGAUGGCAGAAAAAUGCAAAUCGUAGGAAAAAAGGGCAAAAGCGAUAAAGGACGAUCAAAGGUUAUAAGAUGAGGACACAUCAGAUAACAGAGAAAAGAUGAUGAGCAGUGAGAUAAAUCAAACUCUUGACAGGCUUCGACAUUUAAAAGCUUUGGCUUCCAUAGAAAAUGGGAAAAUGUCUUUCAUCUGAACUAAAUAUUGAAUUUAAGUUCUUUUUAUUUCUUAGUAUUCGGUUCAGAGCAGCAGAACAAUACUGAGGUGUUGGUGUUGAAGAGAGAACAAUCCAACAGGAUUGUGGUUGAAGAUUUGGGUCACCUAGAAAGAGGUGAAGAAGAAAAUAGGUCAAAAGAAAAAAAGUUUCACAGUGGAAAUGAAAAUGCUGCCAUUUGAGGGCGAGAUAACCACUCACUCUGCUGUUGGUGCUCUGACACUUGGGUACACAGAUACAGACACCUUCGCUUGAGUCACAGUCACGGCUACCUGCUGCUCUUCCUAUCAGGAGAGUUGUACUUGGUGGAGCUUCUCACUGAAACCCUGACCUGUCAGGAUCUUUAGAGACCACAUAAAGCCUCACGACUCUGUCUCACCCCCCUCUGCUUUAUCACAGAGCCUGAUGCCUGCCUGUGUUUGAUGUCUCACACGGCUGAAGUUGAAAGAGCUUCUCGCAGGUUUCAUGCGCAGCCAUCAGUCAGCCGUGAGUGAGCUGCUCGAUUGAAGCUGUCAGCCAAAACCUUCCCAAUUGAAGCCUUCGCCAGCUCACUGUUGUGUGUGUGUGUGUUCCCUUUACUUUGUUUGACUCACUCUUUCUGACUGCACGUGGUGUCAUUACAUUUAAUGUGCAAGUCUACAAGCAAGCAGACCAUACGGCUCAGGGAUUCUGUGUUGCGUCACAUGUCUGGGGGAUGUGGGUGACACAUUGUUGUCGGUCAGUCUCACCUCUGAUUUGAGGACUCUUGCUACAUAACUAUUAGGUAACCAGGUGGAAUUAAGGAUUCUUCUCAAUCGUAGGAGAAUGUUUUGCUCUGAAAUGAAACAAUCUCUACACCGCUGAUGGACUUGCCCCAGUGACCAUGUUUCGUGUAAAUGCAGGGAUGUUCUGACGCUGUCAGACAGUCUGACGCGGGGUGUUGUCGCCCAUAGAGGAAGAGCCCUGGAAUGGAGGGAAGCCGGGGUCGAAAGGGCCCUGGCAGACAAUGGCAGGCCAGCCAGCGUGUGGGGGCUAAAGCUAAAAAACAAAACUACUUCCUGUCUGUCACUGGCAGCUAAAUAAACUCUCCAGCACUUUCUUCUCCUCUCACUGCCGCUCCGCAUCUGUAAACAAAAAGUGAAGCUUUCAUAUGGCUUAAGCAUAAUACCUGCUGAGGUCUUUUGUCAUUGUUCGCUGUGAUUUAGUGCCAUCUGACGCAGCGUGACUUCCUUCCUCGGCAUCCCUCUCUCAGGAAAUGCACAGGAAAAAGCACGUGACGUCAGAAAGUUUUUCCAGCACACAGCAUGGCUUCAUUUCUUCUCAGGUUUCCCAGGUAGCUGCAGAGGAGCGGUGGCAUGGUUUGUGGGUUUCAUGGGAGGUGCUUAGCAGCAACAUAUUCACACACACUCAAACAAACAGACACACACAAAUUUCGUAAAGUUUUCAGCCUUCAGGGUUGGCUUUAAGAGGAGGACUGUGUCUGCCUCGCUGGGGAGGGGUUUGAGUGUUUAUUUUUAGGUUUUCCCUUCCAGUGAUGCCUGUGAUGGUCGAGUUAGCUGUUAAGGUAUUUUGUUUACAUUCAGGGUCUGAAACUUCUCAGACGUGGCGUUUUUCAGGUAGUUUUUUUUAGCAAAUACUAAAAUCUUUCUCUUAUUUUUCUGAACUCUUUUGUAGUGCCAGAUUCCACUUUAACCAGCCCCACAUGGCCAUAGAAUCUGGACAGUGCUGGGCCCUCAUGUAUAUGUAUAUGUGUGUUCAGUGUCUCAUAAUGAAAUGAGCUCCCAGCUUCCGUCUCAAUAACCCAUGUUAUCAGUUACAGCAGCUCAUAAAUCCUGUCUGAAAAGCUGUGUCAGACUUUGACACAAAUGCAGAAUAUUAAUACGUGUUAGUUUAGAAUUCAAAGUGUUCAAAUCUUUAAAGCAACAUUUUAAAAAGAGGAAUUAAGUCCUUUUUUUUUUCUUGGACUUAAAAUGAAAGUUAAAUGAAGACAUAACAUUUGAAAUAGAGCGAUGAAUGAUGGACAAAUGUCUGUCUGACUGUGCAGGAAUGACAAGAGCUUUGCUGCACUUUUAUAACAGGGUCUUUAGUGUGUCUGUGAUGACACUCGGUUCAGAUCACUCUCAGCUGCGUUGUCAUCUUUGAUUUUACAGAGUUGAUCAAAACUGUGAUGUAGGGCUGGGUGAUAAAACCAAAAAUGUACAGAUACCAAAAUUUACAACAAUAACCGACAUCAUUUUGCUCAUGUCAGUAUAUUCUGUGUCAAAUAAAUAAAAGCUGGUUUUGGUUGUGUGUAGGAAAGCUAUGGUCUCAUGUCCCUUUUAAGAUGCUGUUCUACGUCAGAGACAUGACUCCACCCCAUCCAGUCCGUAACAAAGAGGGAAAGACAGGUGAGGAGAUGGAGGACGGUUCAAAAGUUGUAGCGGUGGCUGAAGUAGACGAAGUUAAUGUGGGAGGUGGUGAGCAGCUUGUGGAGUAGUUAUCGUCCAUUUAGCGUUAUUGAGGUCAGCUGCUCAAUAUAUUGUGAUAUUGAUUUAAGGCCAUAUCGCCCAGCCCUACUGUGAUGCCUCAUACCAAUCAUACUACUUAUUGUAUCCCCAGAGUAACGCUCUGACACUGACCAAAUGAACACUGUCGAGGACUUUUUUAAUUUGAAGAAAACUGAAACUCUUGAGUGUGUUAUACGAAGUGAGGAAAGUAUCAACUUUCCAUUCUUCGUAUCACACCAAAAAUAUUUCAUCUAAUUUAGGAUGUUCUUUCCUGUGUUAUUUCUGCGGGUAAGAGAACAUUUCAAUUUAAUGUGCGAGUCCCUGAGUUGUAUGAAACAGUUCUCCUUUGAAGAUCGAUGGUUGGACAUUAUUCUCUUUUCACGCAUGUAUUUCGAACACCAGAUAACACCCUCUUUCCCCCACAUUGAAAUCACAUCCAUUUCUCACUGACGGUCUCCUGUUAAAACCAGAUGAAUACCACCAAACGUCUCCUAUCAAGGCCCAUGUUCUUUAAAGAUCCUCCUCCAUUGGAUCCCAAACCUUGGCAGAAUAUCAAAGAAGUCGCUGCCCCAAACAGUCACCGUCACUUGAGCAGAUUGCAGCUGAGCCCAGCAGUGAAGACAGUGGCCUUUUACUCUGAAGAGCGCCUCGCUGUGCGUUUGGUGUGACAGUCUGUUGAGACGAGAGCGGAAGCACAAACUCCCUGUUGUUUUUUGGCCGCCACACCGCCGAAUUCUCUGCAAUUAACCUGCAGCAGCAUGACAGAUGGGCCCUGAGAGAAGCAGGUGCCCUCAAUAACAACCCCUUAUCUUCUCCCACUAUCACCUCCCUGUAGCUGUGCAGGCAAAUCCCAACUUCCCUGUUUAACCCCGGCUGAGAUUGAACAUCUAGUCAAAUGCAUCAGUCUUGGUUGUUGUGCUUUUUUAAUGCAAAGUGUGACUGAAGCAGGAAGCUGCAAAUAAAAUCCCCAACAGGGACCCUGAUAAGAGCGGUGAGAGCUCCUCUUACCUCGUCAGAAAAGGAAAAAAUCCGAAGCUCUCUGUUGUCUCUGUUCUCAUCUGGAGGUUGAGACAGUUUAUUUAUGCAGGGUUUGACCUUUGACCUUUGUUUGGAGCUAACUAGGUCAAUUCCAACUGUGCAGACAACACAUCCUGGAGCCUGCACCUGCAUGGACAUGUUUGCUACUUAAACAAGCGCACAUAGAUGCUGUUUCUGUCGUUCUUGUUGCAUUUGAAACACCGAGGCAAGUUUUUGGUGUGAAUCCUGAUAUACAGCUGAUCUUUUUUUUUAUCUCGUCUUUAUGUAACUCUCCCUGUGAGUUGUUACGGCUGCUCACAUAAAACCAGAUCUUACCUCCUUGCACAAACAUCAGCUCUUAACACUUGGUCUGGAGUCUGUAGUUAUGCGCAGCGCUGUGACUAAUAACAGGGUCUACCUGGAAGCAAUUUGACGUCAGACCCUCAGUGCUACCAUGAAAUUUGUCUGCACUCCCUCCAGUCACGGACACGUUUGGGUUACAACUUAUCCAUGGUGAAACUGAUUCAGCGUAGCUUGUGACAAAUUAGUCACGUUCUCCCGUAUGGAAAACAAACAAACACUCACGCACCGUCAUCACAGCAGAUAGCCCUGGAGACUACACCCUGUCCUGAUGUGUAAUUUAAACCAGCUGACUUUUGAUAAUAUAAGCAAAAGGUCUGCAAACGUAAUCACAAACAGAGACACAAGUCAGGUCUACUUACUGUGUCUGAUGAUGAUGAUGAUUCAGUCAAACUAGACUAAGGCUAGGACACUUGUUGACAGUAAGGCCGCGGUUUUGCCCUGAUAGCAGAAGGGGUGAAUCAUUAUUCAAUGUCAGCAAAAUUAGUUGCAACACUGGCCGGUGUAACAUGUUCAGGAUGAGAGGUCAGUUUGUGGAAAACAUCGUCUUGAUAUUGUGCUUGAGAGGGGAGACAGACAGAGAGCGAGAGAGAGGACACUUAGUCUGAUUGUAUGAUUUAAAAAGCAAAUAAAAUAUUAAUGACAGUUAUUGAUCGCACUUUCCUGGUAUUAUCCUUCAACUGAGACUGAAAUAGGUGAAGGGUAAGGUUGUUCUACUUUCUUGAUAUAAAAUUUCUCAUGACUCUGUAUUCCUUUUGUUAUUAUUUCUGUAUUUGAUAUCCUCAGAGCUGCAGCUGAGCUGUUAUGUCUAAAACUGUCUCACACGCCACAAGAAAACCUCAGAGAAACAAAAGGAGUCAUCAUAGACAGAUCUAUCACACAUUAAUGUAGGGGUGGGAAUCACCAGUGGCCUCACCAUACAAUAUUAUCACGAUACGAUAUUAUUGCGAUUUUUAACAUUUUGCAUUACAGUGACUAUUAUAAUACAAUAUAUUGUGAUUUAUACAGUUUUAAAACUGUUUAGCUAAUUCAGCAUUUGUCUUUCCUUUAUGUUUGUCUUAUUUACACAGUAUUUUAAUUUCAUGUAGCACAUCUUACGAACCUUUUUAUUUGUUGCACUAACUUUCUUCUGCUCUAUGAUUUCACCUCUACAAACUUCACUGGACAAACAGUUGAUUCUAUUUUUCCAUUAUCAUAGAUUUGACUUUAUAUUAGCAAUUUUAUUUGAAAAAUCGAUACCUGGUAAAUGAGACGAUACAAUAUAUCACCAGACAAGAUAUUGCAAUACUAUGCUGUUUCAAUUUUUUUCUCCCACCCUACAUUAAAGGGGUAUUCCGACAAAAUGAAGUUAGGGUCAAACACUGUAACACAGAGUUAGACACCCCCUCGAGAGAUUUAUGUUGCCGACCACUUGCUCCUCUAGUUAUACCACCUUUAGUAACGACCGCAGGAUAGAAAUACAUAACUUAAUUUUACGCCGGAACAUCCCUUUUAAUGAUGGUGUAAUGGUGCAGCUGCUAGCGUGUGCAUUCACUCUACAUGUUUGUCUCACCUGCCAGGUCUGCAUGAGUUUUGUCCCUGCAGCUGUUGUGUUCAGAGGCUGCCUGUUCAUUUAAGCUGUCAAAAAGCUUUUUACAUCUCUGUUCUUUUUCUUCUUUGUAUCUCUAUUCUUCAUCUCUGCUGUCGUUUUCUGUUCAUUGUCUUAAUACAAAAACAACAAGCCCUGUUCCUUGUGUGUGUAAACCUUCUUUUGAUUCUGUUUUGUUUCUUGUCUCUGGUUUGUGAUGCGCAGAGAUUUCUGCAGCAUUUUUCGAGUUACAGUGGCAGGAUAAAAACUUCUUUUAGCAGAACCAGACUCACAUCAGACAGCCAUCUGCUGCUCAGUUUCAGUCUCACAUUAGCGUUCAUUAUAAUGAUGAGAGCCUCAUUUAUAGCAGUAAGAGUUAAAUUGUCGACAAUAGCAGAUGUGCAUCAUUUCAGCAAUGAUCGACACUCAGAAAAGUGUUGAGUCGCAGCCCUGAGUAGCAGUCAACAAACACUGCAAGAACGAUCGCAAAGCUCCACCGUUGACUCCUUCUCUCUGCUCUUUUGGAAAGUUGGAAGUCGGUGUGAUCUCUACCCUCUGCUAGCUCCACAUGUGUUUCAUUCAACUGUUACCACGCCGGGCUGCCAAGUGGAAAGUCUCAUCCAGUAAGACGAUGACUUGUUCCUGCCAAAGCUCUGCCUCCCGACUACAUAACCCAGAAACAGGCCAAAGAGUCCUGGUAAUCCCCCUUCUGUUUGCCUCUGGGCUGAUUCAGAAGAUGCCAGAAGGUGAACUCCAAAUACGCUAACAUUCACCCCCGUGGUCGUUUCCUGUUUGACUGGCUGACAUUUAACCUGCAAACCGAUCUGCGAAACCACAGCUGAUAAGGUCUGGAGGAAUAAGCGCUUUUAAUCAUGCGGGGCUGAAGUCAAACGGUCACCUCGGCGGGGGGCUUCUUGGACUGGGAUGGAUUUUAAGGAGGGAUGGGGGGAGUUUGAAGAAGAAAGAAAUGGGACAAAGUGUUUUUUUUUUUUCUUUUCUUUUUUUAUCCAGCUGCUGUGUAAGCAAAGCCGCAGGUGUCUGGGCAGCCAGGGUGAUUAGUGCAAUGUGAUUAGCAACAAUGAAAUGUGACUGAGCUCUUUUGCCCGCUCGGUUCACUCUGAGGUAGCAGGACUUUCCUCGGCUAAUGUACAUUUAAUGGUUUCCAAAGGAUUUAGUUCCUAAGUUUUCAACCCACUCUUUUAUAUUUUUUACCACGUCAUCAUUGCUUUUUGUUUCUUCAGCGCCUACACCUAAUCCCCGAGAAGACAUUUGAAUCAAAGUGUGGGGGUUUAGCACACUGCAAUGAGGAAAAAUACUUUUUUUUUUAACCCUGCUCACCCACCCUCUCUCCAUCUCAGCAAAGUCCUAAUGCCUAUUACCAUCAGCUGGUAUUUGUCUGGGAUAUUUUCCCUCCUCUCGUGUAUUUUCAGAGGUGUUUUCUAACUGUGUUUUUGUGGUUUCUGUUUUGCUGUUGAAACAUGUUGAAAAUGGUGUCUCCAGAGGUUUGUGUUUUGGUCAAAUGUUGCUCUUAAAGGUUUAAUUGACAGAUGAGGCCUACAUCCAUCUGCGGGUUCAGUGUCAGCUGCCUCGGUAUUGAGUUCAAACACUGGACUUUAACUUUUCAUGACACUGGUGUGAUUUCUAAAGCUAUAACACUCUUCUGUGUUUCCUUUCUUUAGGAAUCGGGAAGGUGAAGAGCAGAAAAGGAGGGAUGAGGGACACGGCCUCCAACGCAGACACAGACAUGUACGCAGACAACGGCGAGCGGCUCUACGACCUCAACCUGCCCGCGCUGGUCAAGUUCAGCUACACAGCCGAGCGCGAGGACGAGCUGUCUCUGGUGAAAGGCACACGGGUGGUGGUGAUGGAGAAGUGCAGCGACGGCUGGUGGCGUGGCAGCUACAACGGCCGCUCGGGUUGGUUUCCGUCCAACUACGUGACGGAGGACGUGGACGGGACAGCGGGGGGAGGGGGUAUGGGCGGGCUUGGAGACCCGGCAGGAUCACUAACGGAGAAGCUGGCGGCGGUAGUGAACAGCACCACCAACGGAAACAGAGUGCUGCACACGGUCCAGGCGCUUUACCCGUUCAGCUCAGGCAACGACGAGGAGCUGAACUUUGAGAAAGGCGAGGUGAUGGAGGUGGUGGAGAAGCCGGAGAACGACCCUGAGUGGUGGAAGUGUCGCAAAGCAGAUGGACAGCUGGGCUUGGUGCCCAAAAACUACGUCACUGUGCUGGACUCCACCCUCCAUAAAUCCGGAGCAGGGCCCGCUGGGCCACCCACACCAGACUGUGACUACAUCUCGCCUUCAGGUAGCGGGCGCUUCGCGGGGAAGGAGUGGUACUACGGGAAGGUGACGCGCCACCAGGCGGAGGUGGCCCUCAACCAGAGAGGCAUCGAGGGAGACUUCCUUAUCCGGGACAGCGAGUCGUCGGUCGGUAAACUCCGCCUGCAUGCAUCCCCAUUACUGAUUAUUCACUGUUGAGCAGUGUGAGACGAUAAUGACAACUGUCAGCCCCAACAAAUCUGACGAGGUUUAACGUCAUCGAAUCGCCUUUAUUGUUUUUGCUGCUUUCAAAUGUGACGCAACUUCAUCCAUGUGUCUCACAUUCAUACAGUACAGUGUAGAAAUGACCUGAAAACUGCCUUUUUGAGAAUGUUACAGUUUAUACAAUCCAGUCAUGAUAAUGUGUUAAUACUUAGAGAGUAAAAGAUCAGGUUUUGAAGUUGCAGCUCAAAACUCAAGUUUAAAACUUGAGUUUAGUUGAAUUAUUUCAUAACACAAGGAAAACUAUAUCAGUAUGAUGUUAGUCAGAGACAUCAAAACAUCAGAAAUUUGGCAUUUUCACUCUGGACUGUCCUUGGCAAGAGUGAAAACAGUACACCAAGUUUCAUUUUCGAGGGUAUCCGCAGGGUCUAAAAAAUGUCUUACUAUGUCUAAAAUCCAAUAAUUUGAAUUUAAGGUUUUAAAAUUUCUAACAUUCUCCUAAAAUGUCAUAAAAUGUAUUAAAUACCAUUUUGAAAAGUCUUAAAAAUGUAUAAACUUUACUUACUAAUAAAUAACUUAACCUACAAAUAUAGAUCGAUUUGAAAUAAUGUAAAAUGUUCCAAUUUGCCUUCAUGUUUUUGUACUUUUUUGCCUUUUUUGGUACUUUUUUUAUGGUUGUAAAAUGGGUCUUAAAUAGUAUUCACUGCUGUCUUUAAAAAGUCUCAAAAAGUCUUAAAUUUGACUUUUUGAAACCUGCAGAGACCCUAUUUUUAAGCCUGUAGAUAACCUGUAGAUGAAUGUUGGGUAUCAGGGGAUGCACAAGUUCAUAAGGGAUUCAUGUGGUUUGGGAACGUCUCUGACCACUUUCUGUUUCGUAUAUCCAGACGUUAAAAAUAAACCGUCUGAGCCUCGAUAAUAACACCUGGCGUUUCUUCCUCUUUUCGCAGCCAAACGACUUCUCCAUCUCCCUGAAGGCGCAGAGCAAGAACAAGCAUUUCAAAGUGCAGCUGAAGGAAAACCUUUACUGCAUCGGACAGCGCAAGUUCAACUCCAUGGAGGAGCUUGUCGAACACUACAAAAAGGCGCCCAUCUUCACCAGCGAGCAGGGAGACAAACUGUACCUGAUCAAGGCCCUGGCUGCCUCCUGAUCCCUCUCUGUCGCACACACCCGCACUUACACACACACGUACACACACACACACACACAAAUAUAGAUCGUUAACUGCAUCCAUAUAUAUACAUACAGAUACUUAACGUCAGAACACACACUAACAUUCAAACUCCCAGCCUGAGGACUUAACACAUCAUCAGGACUUUUAAUGCCCGGUUUGUGAGCAUUCCAAGAGGAGGGAUGGAAAAAGGAUGGGAGAGGAGGACAAGGAAUGGGAGACAAAAAGACUAUGGACUCCUGAGAGAUGACUACAGACCUCUUGGUCGCCUAUUUUAAAUUAUCCAGAUGUGUUAGGUCAAAGGCAACGCCAUGUAUUUCCACCUUUUAUCUAUUAGAGUCACAUUUAGUUUCCUUUUUUUUUUUGUUUUUGUUGUUAAUAUAUAAUCUUUUAACAGUUUCUUUUUACAAUGUGAUGAUUUUUAACUGUAUCCAACACACAAGAAUACACACACAGGCAUUUCUCAGACGUUAGUCCGACCUAUGGUGGUCUACACUGCACCUCUCAUGUGUCGUCUGCUCGUGGACACGCUAAUCCGUGACUUCAGCUAACCGCUAAUCAUGAAUAAUAAAAAAAUAAAUGACCAAAAUAUAUUUAUUCGCAGAAACACUCAUCUGAUUUUGAGGAAACUAGUAAUUCAUUUUUUCUUUCUUUACAACAGAACUGCUUGUCUCACAUAUUGCUGUAUCCAUAUCAUGUGAAUGUUACAAACCUGAGGCAUCACAGACCGGCAGGCGUGGGGGGGAGAUGGGCUUAGAAAAAAAUCCCACGACUUUGCAUGCAUGCACGCUAAUGGGAUAGUGUCCUCCUCAGGCCUUCACUCUAUCCCCUAAAAGAAGGAUUGGCAGUUCACAGCAGCGACACAGGUUGUGUAUCCGUAUGUCCGAAAAGGCCUGAAAGUGCUGACCCUGAUAGUCCGGAGAUCCCGCCUGUCCCCCUCCUCUUGUUGGGAGUGUGACUGACAGUUGAUGCAUCCUCACAGACAGUGUUUUGCCAAAGGGGAUGAACAGGAAAAGAGGUGUUGAGGUGGGGUUACUCGGGUGUAACCUGCUUCCAAAUUCCCCGCCAGCUUUCUGCAGAAAGCUGGGAGGGGAAAUGACGGACUGGUCCAGGCAGAGCAGAGGAUGAUGUCACUUCUCCAGAAUUAGUGAUCACUGGAGGGAACAGAGGGUCGCGAAGGGGUCACGUUUGUGUGGUUUGAAACGCCCUCUUUCUUGAGAGUUUAGAGAAGGGAAGCAGCCUAGUUGUAAGUCGAAUAUCUCUGCCUUUAUUUCCACGGGAGGAAGUCUUUCAGUUUGUUUUUUCCAGUAGAACACAUGGUUUUUAUCUACAGUAUAGGUCUUUAGCGAGUGGGUGUUUGUUGAGUGAAAACGGACCAAGUAGAGUUGAAUGUCGAGGGGGCAGCUCGCAUUAGCGCCUGCAAUCAGAGCUGUGGCAGCACUGGCAGGGAGCCACCCCAGCAGCGAGGCUCAGGGAGGAAGAGGAGGAUGAUGUUGAUGCUCCCGAUGAUGAGUUCUCCAGCUGUUGGAUCGAGUGCAGAAAAAGUGGAGAGAGAGAGAGAGAGGGAGAGGAGGAAUGGAAAAGUGGACCCUUAAAAACAAAAGUCGGAUCUAUAGGGAGGAGACCGAAUCUGGAUUACCGCUCCCAGUCGCAGAGGGGUGGGGGAAUCUGAGCGCAGGCCAACGCUGAUGUAUCACAGCAGAGAAUAAAGGAUUUCUAGAUGGCAGUGUUUCCAAAGGGCUUUUAAGGACUAAUCAGUAUGAGCAUGAAAUAGUCAGCAGUGAGUGCUUCAAAGAGCACAAAACAUGGGUGUGAACUGAAUUUUCUCUCUUUCCUCCCAGAGGCUGAUUGACAGAGCUAUUCAUACAAGAGCUGUGUGAUGACUGAGAGUUUUGCAGCUGAAGAUGAUGGAUUACAAACAGUGAAACAGUUAGCCUUCAGUUCAAAGUUAUGAUGAGAUAAAACGGCAAGUUCUUACUCAUCUACGGUCUGGGCUGAGAUCUUGAAUUAUGUGAAAUAACCAUUAAAAAAAAAAAAAACACAUUCCAGGAUUUAAAAGCAUCUGUUUGUAACUGAAUCAUGACAACAUGGUUCAAAAUGUAAAGGCAGGAUUGUUUGUCAGUGUGGUUUGAGCCUUUUUGUUUUCAUUUUGUUUCGGUUCCUAACUUUUAAGAUUCCUUUUAUUUAAGCUGACUGAUCUGUCUGACGUUCGUGCCUGUUUUACCCCCUCUGUUAUCAGUCACCACAUGAGUAUCUGGGUUUGAUGAAUCCUGUUACUUGUCAUUUAUUGCACUCGACCCCCGGCUGUUGUUGUAUCUGUGCCAUUUCUUCUUCUGACAAUUAACACGAGAUACUGUUUGCUUCCAGACAACCGCUCACAGCAACCUUCCUCUUUCUUUAUCGUUUUUUUUUUUUUGUUUUUUUUUUGGAAACCCUCCCUGUGCUCCCAGCUUUGCAGCAUCUGCGACAUUACGCAGCAUUAAAACGCCAACGCUAUGUGCCCCAGUUUGAAGGAUUUAGGAGAUUUUUUUUAACGUGCCUUCACAGCUUUCUGUCAACCAAAGGUUUGAUGUCCUUCCCUUUUUUUCCCCUCUUGUCAUGGCCAUGUGCUAUUUGGUUAAAGCUUUGCAUGUGCGUCACUUAAGUUUGAUUGUGAGCGUCGUGUCGAAGGGUGUCAAACAACAUCCUCGUAUAAAAAGAAGGGGGUACUUCCUGAUUCAGUUGGCAGAGGCUCAGUGUUUUUAUUUUGAAAUCAUGCAUAAAAUGCCCACUUUUUAGGUGACAUUGUGUCUAGUUUUUAAGUGACCUUACCUUUUGCGGAUUUCAUCAUUUUAAUUAAACAGUGAAUGCUUACAUGUACGGUAUAAAAGUAUGUGAUGUUAAUUCAAAAAUGGAACUCCCAGGUGUGAUCUAAUCAUGACCUGAAUCUCACGUUCGAGCACCUCCAACGUAACAGUAUCACACAUUGUUGGUUGUGAAACCAUUUUUAGGUGUUUCAUGUAAGACUAGAGUCACUUUUGCAGCUUAGCCACUCAAAUAUAAGAGUUUUAAGAAAUCCAAAGUCAUUUUUUGAAGUUGGUAUUCAAAUACAGAAAUGUACAGUCUCUAAAGUCCAGCAUUGAUGAUCAUUUUAUCUUGCGUGCACAAGUUUUAUUCUGCAUGCAGGUUGUUUUAUGCUUCACACGAGAUAAUUAUCUUGUAUCCUUAAAAAGAAAUUAACUUGUGCAGUGAAGAUAAAUCACCUCUUGCAGGACUGAAGGGGCUUGGUAUAACUGUGAUAUUUUCCUGCGUAGAUAUUCUUAUAAACUGGGAUUCAUUUUACACCAACAGAGGCCGCAUGAGCAGAUCCUUGUAUCUGUACAGAACUGAUUGAAAAUCUGCUUAAAAGGCACAGAAGUCAGUUUUAAUGGAUAUUAUCAAGAGAUUCUUUAUGAAACUACAACACAGCUCUAGUUUUCUUUCGAACUUCCAAACAAGCCUGAGAUGAUCUUUUGAUUUCUUGAUAAUAUUCUGAACAAAUGACCCCGUGUUAAACUUUGGUGCUUGUGUGCUGCUUACAUUUCUAUGGUGUUCUUUGUCUCGACAAAUGCUUCUUUUUGUUGUUGUUUUUUUUUUUUUUUCCUGUAUGAGAGAGAGAGAGAGAGAGAGAGAGUGAAAACAGACCCAUGCUGUGGAAUGAGAAAAGGCAGUGCUGUGAAAUUUAAUGUCAUGCUCUUAAUACUGUUUUUAUGGAGGGGAGAUCGUCUUCAGGUGUAAUAAUUUAGAAGAGUUUAUUAGAGUGUUCAAAAGACGUAAUAAACGAUACGAAAACGGAGAGUUGUCUGUUGUUGUUUUGGCUCUUCUUUGAGCUUCUAACUAUAGUUCAGUGUUGACUGAAACUCUAACUUAAAACACAACAAACCCAUAGCUAACCCCCGUUUUGUCCUAAAGCAGUGGUUCUCUAGUCCAGUCCUCGAGCCCCCCCGUCCUGCAUGUUUUGGAUGUUUCCCUGCUCCAACACACCUGAUUCAAAUGAUGAGCUCGUUAUCAAGCUCUUAACGAGCUGAUCAUUUGAAUCAGGUGUGUUGGGCGGGGGGCUCGAGGACUGGGCUUGAGAACCACUGUCCUAAAGUAAGAUUUCACCAAAUCACACAGUCGAGUAAAUGGUAAAGUGUUACGGAGGGUGAGUUAGUUUUUUUUUCUUCAAGUUCCCGUGAUUUAAGAAAGCUUUUCUUUUCUAUCUCUGUGCUCUUUUAUAUAAAAUUUCAACACAAAGAAGCUUAAAUUAGGACACAAAUGUUAUCAGAUAGGCAGCAUAUGAUGCAGUCAUGAGGCCUGCAGUAGUUAUUAGUGUGGUAUGUCUGCCCCCUGGUGGCUAUCUGUCUCAUUACAUAUAUAAUUGUUUCAUUACAUUCACUGCUCUACCUCAAAGAAAGUAUUCCACACAGUUACUUUUUGGUUGCUUUAUUUAAUUCAUUCUUGAAAAAUAAUACUUUUCUUUAAUUUUUUUUUCCAUAUAAAAGUUCCUUUCACAUCCUUGAAUACAAAAUACUUUUCCAGCGAGAAAGAUGGGGGUAGAACUUUUUCUUUAACCAUGCCCCAUUAAUUACAUCAAUCAACUUCACUGUUCAAAUAGCAUUCAUGAUCUCUACACAUUUCAGACAAAGUGUGUUUGUGUUUCUGUUAUGUAACUUUUGGACGAGCCGAGCUGGAUCUCACCACGGCGUUCCUACAGCUGACCUCGGUUUGUUCCGGCGUCUACCACAACAAAACAGCAGGCAGCUCUUCUUCUCUGGAGCUCUACCAGCUUUAGUCCUCACACCAGGGUCUCUCUGAAUGAUUCCCAUGAGGCAAAUAUUUCAAUACCAGGAAGGGAGGAUAGAAGCAUUAGGGGAUGUAACAUAAUAUCACAGCAAGCAACUAAGAUGCAUUAUUUACAGCUAAGAGCGAGUCUUAACCCUGCUGAUAUCCAACACCAAGUUGUUACGACUUAACACAGAAUGUAAACCAACGCGUAAAGUUAUUGUUUUUUAUCAGACAUACAAACAACAAAGUGCAAUAAUCUCACUUUUAAAGGUUUUAAGGCUUGGUCAGUGAAUGGUUUCAAGUGCUGAGGAACACAGAGCAGAGUUCCUUCUUCAGGAUGAAUCUGUGGAUCUGUGUAGUGCUAAAUAGUCUAAAUAAAAUACUGCUAUCUGAGAUUCAAGGGCAGUAACAGAGGGAGCUAACUAAGACAAGCUUCUCUUUCAGAGGUAGAGAAAGUCAGAUAUAGCGCCAGGCAGAUGUGUCAUCAUCUGCACCCUGAUCCACCAGUGUGGCUCCAUGGGGGAGUAUCGUGUGUACGGACGUUUGGAGAUGAGGGCAUCACUGAUGUCAUCCAAAACAGUAGCCAUGCUCUUCUGCCCGCUGUUACAGUAUGAGCGCAUCAGAGCCAUGAGCUGCUCAAAGUGGGCUUUCCCAUAAUCCUCCUUCACCUGAGAGGGGGCUUCGUUCCACAGCUUGUUGGCCGUGCUGGCGACAAUGUCCCGGGUGAGGAUGCCAGUAGCCACGAUAAAGUUCCCCGGCUCAACUAUGGAAACUUUCACACCCCAGGAUUUCAUCUCAUAGCGGAGGCAAUCAGAAAAAGCUUCAACACCGUAUUUCGACACGCAGUAAGGAGAGCGCAUGACAUUUCCCAUCCUCCCAUACAUGCUGGCGAUGUUCACAACACGACCUGCAGAGAUUUCACAGACAGAAAUGUAAUCAUGAGCCUAAAAUUUUGCCUCCUGCAACCAAAAAUCUGAGGAAAUUUCUCAUAAAACAAGAGUGUCCUUAAAAGGAUAUUUUGGCGUAAAAUUAAUUCAAAUUCAAACAUACCGUAACACAGACUUAGACGCCCCCUCGAGAGAUGAAUGUUGCCGACCGCUUGCUACUUUAAGUAUACCAACUUAAGCAACAACCGCAGGAUAGCAGUUCACAGCGGUCUGAGGAGCCAUAAACAAACCUCAACCAAAAACGU